CCGUGCCCAAAAGCUCUGGGUCGGCCUUCGCGCGCUCUUCAAUGACCGCCCCAGCUUCUACCUGCUGGAUGUGUUCUUCAUGUCGCAACGCUUUGCCUUGCUGCUGUUGUCCGUCUCCCUGUGGCAGACGCUUGCGUCAGCUCGGAUGCUGUGGUCAGCCGCGUCGCAAGUCCUGUGUAUGUUGGCGUUGACGUCUGAGCAGUUCCGGAUGAUCGACCUGGCGCACGGGGCGGUAACCACGAUGCACGGCCCUGUUAUUGCUGCUCUGGACAGGCUGUCGAUAAAUGCACCUGACGAGCAUUUCCAUAGAGCUGUACUGCUCUUCUACAUGUCCGUGAGUUCCCGGCCGGCUAACUUGUCGCUGAGCGGUUUCGCCAACAUCGACCGACCUCUCUUCACUUCUAUCGUCUCCCUAACUGUCACAUAUCUCAUCAUCAUCAUGCAGUUUCGCACGGAAGUGUCUCAACAGUAAAUCUUGGCCAAACAGGAAGCGGGAAGCACAAGGAAGGUUACAGACAAAGGGAUACUCUACGAAAAUAGCUUUUGCUUUUGAAUUGUUCAUCCUUCGGAUUUUUUAUUUACACGCAAACCGCCUUGCGGGCACUAUUGAUGGCGUUCUUGUCGAGCUUGCUGAAUUGGCUCAGGACGACCACGUCGAACCAGGUCUUGGACUUGGACUUGUUGUCGAACUUGUUGACGAGACAGUUGGCUCCCAAGUACUUCUUGCA